CAGAUUGUGGCACCAUUAGAAGUUGGAUUGAUCCAAAGACAGGCAAAUGGCUGAAAGUGGCGGAAAAGAAAAAAUAAAAUGGACAACCACCGUUAUUAUUAGCACUUCUCUUAAGAGUUAUGAAGUUGCGACUGUCCUCGAAAAUCAGAGCCACAAGGUUCGGUAUUCAGAUUCGGUGGAAAAUGGAUCAAUUAUCUUUUCUCUUUCUGGAGUUGCAUUUUUAUUGAUGGAUGCUAAAGAAUGCCUUUUGUCAGCUGAAGAAAUAUUUCUAGCCAAAAUUACAAAGUUUAUUAACAUUCACCAGAAUAGUUUUUUGGUUCUGUCUGCUGCCCUCCAUGGACCUGAAGAAUGGAAAUUGAUGUUCAAGAUUCAGCAAAGAUUCCUAGGUAGUAACUUACGAAUACUUCCAGUACACAACACAGCCAAUGCUAUUAAUCUUAUGUGCACUAUAGCGAAGACUGCCUCCAAACCAUACAAAGAUAGCAUCUGCUACAGAAUGAUGACAACUAAAGCUUAUAUCACUGAGCAAAGUCCUGUUUGGAAAACACUUCAAAAGAUAAAACUGAAUGAUGAUUUACUUAACCCAGAUUAGAGUAUCGAGUUAAUGUUCUUUUGGAAGAAUGUUAAAAUAAUCAGACUUGUUAAAUUACAGUGCUCAAAUGUAUAUUUACUUUGAGAUGUUUACACUAAUUUAAAAUAAAACAUGCAUACAAUUCAAAGUAAUUUUAUUUUAGGAAGUUUGUAGCAUGAGUUCUUUAAUACUGGUAUUAAAAGAACUGACACAUACAUAUAUUGUAAAACUCAGAUGCAGUUUCUUAAUGAGUUAGAUGAAUAUUUAGUAGAAAAUAAAAAUACAUAAUUUUCAAAUUAGCUUCUUAGACUAAAGGAAAAGUUAUAUAUAUGCUUUAAGUUUUCCACAGGGGAAGUUUUAAAUUUUCCAUAGUACUUCUAAAAUUAAUUCUUGCAGAUGUUUUCACAUUACACCUUCUGCUGGAGAGGUAGUGAUGGGACUUUGGUCUCUAAAUCUCCACCUGUGGCAGAGAAAGAGGGAAGCUAAGAGAAGCAGUCAACUGGCCUGAAUUCAGAACUUCUUACUACUCUCUUACAGUGGUGUGAUAUCAACUUGAUUCUAGGAGUUCUAAAAUGCUACACAACACCUAACUGCAGCAGAAGUGCAUCUUAUAAACUCACUUCAACUGUAUGAAUGUAGACAACUCAACUACAUUUUAUGAAAUUAUAAAAGUAUUAGUUUGUGUUGUAUUUUCAAAAGUAGUAUUUAGAAUAUACAGAGGGUGCCAACAAAAUGUAUAUACAUCUUAAGAAAAAUACUGUAUUAAAGUUUUAA